AUGUUGUUGCGAAUACUUAUAUAUUUUUGUCUAUCCUUUACCGUAGUAUUUGCGAGAGGUGGCUUCGGUGGACGUAGUGGCGGUUCACAUUCCUAUCCCCAUUCCACCGGAUAUUCUGGCGCAAGCCGAGGUGGCGCACAUACUUAUCCGCAUUCCACGGGAUAUUCCGGCGUAAGCCGAGGCGGCACGCAUACUUAUCCGCAUUCCAAUAGCAUCUCGGGACAUUCCGAAAGUCGUAAUGUUCACAACACUUAUACACAGCAGCAUAAUGUCAAUUAUGGACAUCGUACUGAAAUUCAUAAUCAUUAUCACUACAAUCCACCGCAGCAGGUUAUGUAUGGAUCGACUUAUCAUCCCGUAUAUCACGGGACUCCUCCGACUUAUAUCUACGAAUAUAGGAACUCCGGAAGUCGUUUUGAUACAUUGCUAACAGGCCUCGCUUUAUACAACUUGGGAAAAAUGUCCGGUAGACAAGAGCAUUACGGCGGAUAUAGAGAGUACACAACGAGGCCAGGUGAAAUUUGUAAGCUUCGUGUGGAAAAAAGAUCAUGGGACUAUGAAGAAACUCGGAUCGACUGCAAAUUGAUGUCCAGUUUUAUUUGGGAAGCGGAAACUACGUCGCAGAAUCAACAAGCUUCGAAUAAGGUUACUACAGUAGUCGAAACCGUGGCGAGCUCGAGUGGGACUCGAAAUGCUGACGGGACCAUAAGCAAUACAAACAUAACAAAAACGGUAACCGUCACAGAUGCUCUACAGUCAAGAGGCCCGUCAAUACAAGUGAUGCCAGGAAUGCAGUGCUACAUGAUUCGCAUAUCAAGAGACACUUCGGUUUUACAGAAACAUGUCGAUUGUGCUCUCUUACAAACCUACGCAAAUUCUAUGCAUUAUAAUCGUGCUUCGUGUUUAUUGAAUUCGACAGUUAUUUUUGUUAUAAUAUUGCAUUGCUUAAUUAAAUAAUUUAAUGUGAUGAUAACGUGUAAAAAGUUUAAAUGUUUGUUUGAUGUUCAACUUUAAUUUGCCGUUCUGAUAUUUUAAAAAUACAUAACUAUGCUCCGAAUUCAGAAGUUCUUCUUGGAGUGGGUUAGCAGAAACUAUUGUAUGUAAAUGUAACUAAAAUUUUUAAUUGAAUUUUAACAUUUUUUUUAAUCGCGAAAACAUGAUUUAAUUUUUGGUAAAUGAUUAAAUUUUUUUUGUAUUUUUGAACUUAUUUUAAAAUUAAAAUAACGAAGAUGUACAUAUACACAGUUUUUUAUUGAUAAUAAAUGAUGUCAAAAAUGAUACAUGUCAUACAAAAUCUUAUUUUGUGAAUAAAAUUAGACUUUUGCUUUAUCCGAGAAAUGCUUUGGCAGGUUUUGCCAACAUUCGUAAUAUUUGGGGUCCAAUUUUUGACAGGUUUCCGCGCCCCACUUGGUGAUGGCCAGACUCAAAGAAGAUUCAAACAUAAAAGCCUGUAAAAGGAAAUUUUAAUGUUAACUUCAAUUUGGAUUCAAAAUGCAUGCCCGGGAUGAAUUGGAUUAAAUUAUUUUCUUAAACUUAUGUCAUAUUUCAUUCUUGUACUGAUGUAGGUACCUAUUUGAACAACUAGAUUUAUUGUAUUUACUUACAAAAUUAAAACAAUUACGAAAUUUGGUUCGCUAAUAA